AUGCCAACGAUCGCUGUCAUCGGUGGGACUGGCCAGCAAGGCUCGGGCGUCGUCUCUGCUCUCCUCGCCUCGACCGACUACUCCGUCCGCGCGAUCUCGUCGAACCCGUCCUCGGAAAAGGCGCAGGCCUUCCUCAACACGCACAAGCAAGCCGCCCACCUCGGCCGCCUCACCAUCGUCCAUGCAGACCUCGCCAAACCGGACACGAUUCGCGAUGCGCUUCACGGGACGUAUAGGGUGUUCUUCGCUUCGCCUUUCAUUCCGGACGGGCGCGAGGACGCAGAGAACUCGGAGGAGACGAAACAGGGCAAGGGUGUCGUCGAUGCGGCCAAGGCUGUCGGCUGCCACCACUUCGUCUACUCGGGACUCGGAAACAUGAAGGAGACUUCCGGCGGAAAGUACACGCACUGCACGCACUGGGACUCGAAGGCGACUGUCGCCGACUACGCCAGGCAGAACCUCAGUGCCGUCACAGUCCUCAUUCCAGGCGCCUUCUACAGCAACCUUAACUGGCCGUCCUGGACCCGUCGCGACCCGGAUGGUACCGUCGUCUUCUGCCUUCCCGUCAAGCCCGACGCCCAGAUGCAGUACACGGACGAGCGUUUUGACAUGGGCAACUUCGUUAGCGCUGUCUUCAAGCGCGGGCCGGGCAUCACCGCCGGCAAGACUUACCCGGUCAUGAGUCCCGCUCUCACGCCCGUCGAGAUGGCCAAGCAAUAUCACGGCAUCACCGGCGAGCCAGCCAAGUUUGAGCCGGUUCCGCUCGACGAUGUUCUCAACUUCUUCAAGACGCAUUCCGAGAUGGGCGGACCGGGCGUCGCGAGGGAGAUGGAGGAUAUGUUCAAUCACAUCAAUGACGUCCAGCCCGGCACGACCUGCACGGGAACGAUGAAGCCCGAGGACGACCACAGCUUCCAGGAUCUCGGCGUCAAGGCGACAACUUUCGAGGCGUGGCUUGAGAGGACGGGCUGGAGGGUGGGUGGGUCGAUGGGCAAGUGA